GGCCCACCGAACAGACCACCGGCGGUUGCCACUAAUUCUCCGCAAUUGGCCAGCCCUUUGGGAUGGUCUUUUCUUCUUCUUUUGCCUGUCUGCCUUUAUUUCGCUGCUUCCCCCCUUUUAGCUGGUGGCUUUUGCUGCUGAAUAUCUGCUGUAACGCACAGUGAAUCCUCGACUGCCUGGUUCUUUCUUUCAUCUCUUUUAUUCCCUUUCUUUCGUUCGUAUCAAACCGUCGGCCUUUGUCGGACUCGUUCCUGUUGCUUUAGCGCUGUUUCAGAGCGACGAACAGAGCGACCAAAAAAUUCCCUUGACAGUGCAGACAUCCCUCAAUUGAACCUCUUUUCCUUCAUCUACUGAAGGAAUUGAUCUCGUACUUCUCGAGGAUUGAUUGCGCUGGGUAUGAUGCGGUCUAUGACUCGACGGAGAUCAAGAUAGAAGAAAACAACAACAAGCAAAGCAACCCACCCAACACAAACACAGCCAUGGAGUCGCAGUCGCAGUCACACGAGCCAGUGGGCAUCGACAGCCAAACUCAGGCACCCGUCAAAUUCUCGCGCUAUCGAUCCGUAAGAAAAGCCGCGAAGAAACUACAACAACUUGAUACCUCGGCUCCUUCUGUACCUGUGCCCCCGGUUACGUCCCCGCAGGCUCUGCAGAAUAGCCCAGGGCCUGGGAGUAUUACUGGGCCGAGCCCGACAAUCUCAAAGAGCAUGUCGCGAUAUCGGCGUAACAGAGCGCCAACUGCGACUUCGUCUCCUGCUUCGCCUACUCAAUCCCCGCUUCCUGCGUCUGUGGAGCAAUCGCUUGCGCGGGAAGGGUAUCCGAGCCCGCAGCAGGAGUCGAUGGCAGGAAAAGCUGCAGCUUCUGGUAGUCCGAGGAAGGCUGCAAAUGCUGAACCCAAAGGAGGGAGAUUCUACAGCGGAGAUGUGGGCAAGGCAGCACCGACAGAAGACGACGAGGCUACCAGGGAAAAGCACAGACGAAGCGCCAUGGAUCGGUUGACGGGAGGAAGUAAGAUGUCAAAAGCAGUGAUAACAUCUCGGAAGGCUACGAUGCGAGAGAGAAGUCCCCGCGUGAUUCUUGACGACAGGAAUCCUUUGCCCGCUGAAGAUCGACCGAGUCGGCGAUCUUCCAAAAACGAAUCGAAACGAAUUUCAUUAAAGGAUAGGAUCAAAAUGUCGCGAUCAAGUCCUAAAAAUGAAGAGCCCACACAGAAACCCGUGGAACCUCCUACUGGACCCUCGAUUAUUCGAAUGGAUGCGCCUUUAUCAGCGGUGAAUGCCGGUGAGCGGACGGUGCUUGUUCACUACAAGAGAUCGUCUCUCAAUCUCCCUGUCACGCCCGCUACAAGUGUUCAAGAUCUGCUCUUCCUCGCCUCAAGCUACCUAGCUGGCGGGAUUGACCCGCAGACUUUUAUCGCGAUCGAGUCCUUCUCUCAAUUGGACUUGGAACGGCCUUUACGAAGAUACGAAUAUAUCCGGGAUGUCAUGAACUCGUGGAUGCACGACGAAGAGAAUUCUUUGAUCAUUGUCCCUCCGGCAAGCUUCGAUGCUAUGAACCAACUCGAUAUUCAAAGUAUCUCGGCCGAAUCACCUGUAGACGUGACGUUCCAUAUCUACUACUCGCAGCGGCCCAAGAAGUGGGAUAAACGCUUCGUUACCUUACGUGCAGAUGGACAAGUGACAGUAUCCAAGAAACCAAAUGGACAAGAGCAAACGAAUGCCUGCCAUUUGACUGAUUUUGACAUUUACUCACCUACGGCCGCCGCCUUAUCAAACAACAUCAAACCCCCGAGGAAAAUCUGCUACGCCGUGAAAAGCCAGCAAAAGUCCACCAUGUUCGUGUCGACAGAGAACUAUGCCCACUUCUUCUGCACCAAUGACAAGGUAACGGCCGACGGGUUUUACAGAGCAGUUCAGACAUGGCGCAGUUGGUAUCUAGUGACUAGACUGGGGGCAGGCAAGGAGGACUCACCGGUAGAAUCCGACCGAGUUUCGUCUGACUCCAACACAUACCAGCCAGUCCCUAUCAAGCCAUUGGUGGACCUGAACGCUUCAGAUUUCUCCAACAGCGAGCCAGUAUCGCCCAUCUCCAGGGAGCAGAGCAAGUCGUCCAGAGCGAAAGAGCUGUUUGCCCGGAAGAAGAGUACGCGUGAACACGCGCCUCCCCCAUCGGCUUACCCCAAGUCUCUGUCCAUCAACACCAACGUGGCUGGGUCAGGAGCACCGGUAAAUGAUGAAACUCCUUUCGAACCCACGAGUCUUCUGGGUCGGACCUACUCAAUGCGUCGACGUGCUAUGCAGGAAAGGGAUGAGGAGGAAAAGAGAGCAAACGAACCGCUCACUCCGCAAGGUCUGGUCAGGGGCAUAAGUUCGCGCCGCCAAUUCAGUGGCCCUUCAAGCCAACCUCACAGUCGAUCCAACACGAUGACUUCCGCACAACCCCCAGAUAUGGGUGGGACUGUCAGUCGAUCGCAGUCGAUCAACAAACACCAGCCCCUUGUUGACCUGACGCCUAAAUACCAAGAGCCACCACAGCAUGCCCGCAAAGGUCGAGGCGUCGCCGUUGAACCCGGAAUGCCUUUGAUUGAUGCGGCCACCGGGCCGGAUCUCGCACCAAAUUCCAUUGCAAUCCCACCAUCAACCACCUGGCGACGACCAUCGGUCUCGGAAGCACCGCCAAUACCACAACGGAGUCGCCAACGCUCAAACACCGCUCGCAGCGUCAAUAAUGCUCCCCCGUCGCCAGUUUCUCCCGAUGCCAUCCCACUACCUGAUGGCCCGUUCGUACCAAACAGUCUCCUCUCACGAUCCACCAAGGCGACUACAAUCCAAGGACAACCUACAGGCCAUGGAAUAGCCACAGGCGACCGCAACGCAAUGAAGCCCAUGCUGGACCUUUCCCCCGUCAGCCCAUUUGCCGAAGGCAGUCUACUCCGGAAUCUGUAGACUGAGAUAUCACCCGUUCCUUUUGUUUUAUUUUCACGAUAACGACUCUCGCAUUGCAUAUUUGAAGCAUUUUCUUUUCUUUUCUUUUCCCUUUCAGUUGUGUCCUACUUUAGCACACUGGUGUUGGUUGCCAAUUUUGGCCAUACGUUUCUCUCGGGUUGUUUGAUUCUUUUACUGAUCCCUUCUUGCUUUUCUGGCACGAUUCUGUUUUUUUCUUCUUUUCUUUUCGUACUUUUUAAUGUGAUAUUUGAAUUUCCUUUUUCUUUCUGCUAUCCCAAGUAUUUCAGUCAUCUUGGCUACUGCAUUUCGUUCGGUAUUAUACCACCUCCACACAGCAACAGGAGGAUUAUCGUGUCUAUUGCAAAUAUCCAAAACUCAUGUUUCCAGCUCAGUUGGAACAGUGUACAGACAGAAAGACUACAAGUGACUACCCAGUCUAGUAAUUAAUCAAUCAAGCACAUACACGUCACGUCCACCUUGGCUAC